AUGUCCAAGCGAGCCAGACGCACGCCAAACCUCCCUUCCAAAGAGAAUUCGCCCGGUAGCGAUAUGGUCCAACCUACAGGAAUUCGGCGCUCUCGACGUUCGCGCACUGGUCCCGCCAACUACUACCAGAACCCGACGCUUUCGGAUUUCGAAAAAGAAGAUGAUCACGACUACCAAGACGAAGAUGAGGAGGAGGAAGGCUCGAGAAGCUAUCAGCCAGCGAGUCUCGCGUCUCACCUGCGUCGCCGGGAUACGAGCACGCCCAUAUGUAUUCUUGAUCGACCAGUGAGAAGCAGUCCGGCUGUCGGUUCUACAGGUGUCAGGCCUACCCGGGAUGCGAUGGUAUAUUCUUCGCGAACUGCGCAGAUAAUCAAAUAUCCUUUUGUCGCGGGUGAGACGGAGAAGCGUCUGACCCGUUGGCCAUAUUUUCCUGGACGCAAGACUGUGGAUUCCCUGAAACGACUUUCUCGUGAGAGACUGCAGACCGGUACAAUUCUCCACGUUGAUUUUGACCACCAGGAAAUCACGGCUUUGCUGGCAUUGUUGUCGUUUUAUGAGGUCCAGCCGCCGUCACAACCCGAUACUGCGCUCGCUGAUUGCGCUAUCCAAGCCCUUUCAAGUCCAAGGCUCCCGUUCAACUUGCCCAAAAAGCUGUCCCGACUAUGCAGGCUAUCUCGGGCUGCGGUGGAGGAGGGAGUCGCUGACACCAAAGCAUGGCUCACCGAAAACUUGACAUCUGGUAACAACAAGCGAUCACAAAAGGUCAGGCGCUUGCUAUGCAAAGCUUUGAAAAUCGACGCAGAAGGGGAAGAGUUCACAAUGUCAGACGGCCAACUGCGUCCAGACAUAGCGGACAAAAUCUACAAACUGUCGGGAUGCUUACAGCACGCUUUUCACCUGAGUAGACGGGAAAGAGCCGAUAUUGAGUCAUUUGUGGCGGAUGCCAGAGAAGAGAAUGUUCCGACCGUUCCCUAUGUGUUCAGAGUGCAGCCAGUGAGCGAGAGUCCAUCAACCCGCAAGACCACUCCACGCCAUGGUUUAAGUGAGCUUAUGCGACAGCGUGAGAUGGGUGGGCGUGCCCACCGCGAAAUCCAGUCCAAUACUGCGAAAAAUUUGGGAGUCACGAGGACGUGGAAAGGUGCAUCCAAUGAUGUGAUCGUGGCAGCGUGGUCUCCAGACGGAACUCGAUUCGCAGCGGGAGCUACAGCCCAAUGCGACGAGCAUAAUAUGGAGUAUAACCGGGGAAAUAAUCUUGUCUGGGGAGACCUCACCACUAACGUUCUAACGGAGCUCCCUGAUCACUGCAUUCCUCGGCCUCCAGGAAGGAGUUCUGUGAGCAGAACAGUGAAUGACGCUCGAUUGUUCAUGAGUGUAUCCUCGAUGGAAUGGCAUGACGAUGCUCUGUUUACGGCAAGCUAUGACAACACGGUCAAGCUGUGGGAUUUUCCAAAUAAUACCGCGCGGUGCUUCAAGACCCUCCGCCAUGACUCCAGAGUAGAGGUCAUGGCUCGAUCCAAGUUUGCGGGCGAUCUUCUGGCUACUGGGACGAAUUCCAUCGGGUUAUGGCAUAUUCGAGAGUCGCGGUACUAUCCCCUCAGUCUGUCGGGGCUACGCUCGCAAAAGGAACUGAUCCCAACGUCUCUGGCAUGGGGGACCAUACCGGCCACGCAGAACAUUCUUCUCGCGGGCAUGUCAGAGAAGGAGGAGGGUGUCUCCAGGAAUGGGUUUCUGGCAGCGUGGCAGGUAGGGCAGGGCAUCGCAACGCCGAUGCAUUUGCUUCCCAACUCACAGAAUAUCUUCGACAUCAAAUGGCAUCCCACGUUACCGUUGUUUGUGACGGCGAGUGCUGCUUCGCUCGGAGGUCCACGCACUCACAGGGACACGCGGUCUGUCGUGCGUCUGUACCAACCAUUCCCCGAAGAGAUGCGCAUGCGGCGCACGAUCGAGUUCGAGUGUCCAGCUUUAGAUAUCAACGAUGUGGCUAUCUGUCCGAGCAGCUCUAACUAUGUGACGGCUAGUUGUACGGACGGGGUGACUUAUGUUUGGGACUCGCGUCGGCCAGACCAGGUCCUGCAUCGGCUUCGUCAUGGCGCGCCGCUGAAUCAGAUCGACGAACUGAUUGACAGGGAGCAAGCGGACGUCGGGGUGCGAAUGGCGAUUUGGGGGACGGGGACAGAUCAGUUCUAUACGGGUGCUUCGGACGGCGUGCUCAAACUCUGGGAUAUCACACGCUCUCCCGACGACGUCCUCGUCCAGGACGUGGCCAAUCUCCAAGAAGAGAUCAUGUCGGGAGCGUUCUCCGCCGAUAAAUCGAAUCUCCUGAUCGGGGACGCUGCUGGGGGCAUCCACGUCCUGUCCUCCGGACCGUUCAGUCAAGACGAGAAACGUUCCUUUCAGUUCAAACGUGCCCAAGUCUCGGAGGACCAGCCGAGUGCUGAGACAGGGGUUGCGAUCUCGAGGGAAUAUACCUCGACUGGGAGACUUGUUCGGCAUCCCAUUUAUGGCUAUGGAAAAGGCCCAAACUACGACGGGCCGUUUGCAUCCUGGGCUCGUCCGGUGGGCACGCCAUCCCAUGAAUUGGCUACCACGCCACUGAAUGAGGACAGCCAGAUACGGCAGUUCGAGGGGCCGCCUCUUGCGUAUCGUACUGGACUAAGUGCAGCAGAGAGGGCAGAGUUCGAAAGACGGCUCCAGCUCUGUCGCAUCCGCAACCAGCUUCGGAACGUGCACAAAAGGAAGAGAGAGUCUGGGAGGAUUCGUCCGAAGAGCGAUCCCGGUUCUUCCUACAGCAACUUUGUAGACUUGUGCAGUGACGAGGAGAUGGACGCGGAGGAAACGAAACCGCCCAUCGCCAAGGCGCAAUACGCACCCACGCACCAAGACAUCGAAGUGAUUGACCUUACCGGGGAUACCGAUUCGGAGACAGUUGAGGCAGCUGAUGUCGUCAAGAGAGUGGCUGUGUCCAAGACUAAGACUAAGACCAGACGGCUUCACUUUGAUGAACUUGCCAGUUUGCUGGAGGCGCUGGAGGAGGAUUUUUGGUGGCCCGACAACAAGGACAUUGAUGCUAAUUUGGACGAUGCCGACUGA